CGCCAUACGGAAAGUUAUCCUUCUAUGUUUGUGGGUUUUUUUUUGCUACCUCUUUAGCUCUAGUUUCUUAUGUUAAUAUCGCCGACAUCGGUCAUCAAAUUCUAAGUCCUCCUAAGAGAGACGAUAUAAGACCGAUUUGUGUUAAAAGAUGAGAGAGUUGAGAAGGAAAAACUGAGGCUUACUAUACUACUGUAGCCGUUAAAGUCCUCCAAAACCAUGGGCUGUGGCUCGUCCCAGUCAAUCGGAGCCGUUCCUGGCAGUUCAAACGACUACAAAUACUCUGUACUUCAGACCUGGGAUAAAGUGGAUCGAACCAUUAGCAAGGGGUCAAAGGUCAAGAAGAAUUUGGUUGUCCAGAGGUCGGGUUGGAAGACAGUCCGAGUCUUCGUUUCAUCAACGUUCAAGGACUUCCACGCUGAAAGAGAAAUCCUAGUCAAGGAGGUGUUUCCAGAUUUACGAGUGUGGUGCGAGUCCAGAAGAUUACAUCUUGUAGAAUGUGAUCUAAGAUGGGGCAUUCCAAAGAAUACUGAUUCCGGAGAGACGCUGCGUCUUUGUCUCGGUGAGAUUGACAGAUGUUACCAAGACAACGUGAUGCCAUUCUUUCUUAACCUUACAAGUGAGCGUUGUGGAUGGAUACCCUCGUUUGACGACGUUCCCGAGACCAUCGUUCAGGAGUAUCGCUGGGUUCAUGGUCUCUCUGUAACGGAGAUGGAAAUCCUCCAUGGUGCUUACCGUAUUGAUAACCCUAACUCUUUUUUCAUGAUCCGCAAGUCUGAGUUCUUGUCUUCUCUACCGAGUGAGUACCGAGAUGACUUCAUUGACCCCAACCCCAUCGCCUUCCAUAAAAUGACCAUACUCAAGAAGAUGCUGAAAUCCAGGCUGGGAGACCAUGUAUUAUGGUAUGACUGUGAAUACGAUGGAAUCGAUGACGACGGAAAGAUUUCCCUUAAGGGUCUCGAUCAGACAUUCUGUAAACCGAUUUUUGAGUUCUUCAAGAAGAGAAUAGCAGCUCAGUACCCUGUGCAGGAUAAAGAGCUGGAUCCUUACCAACUAGCUAGAGAGGCACAUGAGUCUUUCAUGAAGAAUCGCGGUGGUCUGGUCUUGGGGCGUAACACGACCCUUGACAUGAUCAAAGACUACGUGGUGGAUAUCGGAAUCGACUACCCCUUCGUCAUCCUCGGAGGACCGGGAACAGGAAAAUCUGCAGUCAUGGCACGGGUUGCCGACGUAGCGUACAAAAUGGCUGCCUUGAAGGAGAUUCCUGGCGCUGGCGAUCAGGGAUGGCAUGUUUUCUUUCAUUUCGUCGGAGCCAUCCCAGGAUCAACGGAUCUUGAGAAAUGUCUGAAGAGACUCCUGAAGGAAAUAGGAGCCUUCGAUGAAUCGACCAUUCCGAAGAAUCUCGAGGCAGCGUGCCAAUUGACGUACAGUACCUUAUCCAACCCUAAAACCAAACCAGUCAUUAUUGUUAUUGAUGCUCUGAAUCAGUUUGAUGACGACACGUCUGCGUCCAUCUUGAGUUGGCUACCUCGUAAGCUUGCACCUCAGAUCCGUGUCAUACUCUCUAUGAUUGACGAGACCCCGCCCCACAGAGCCAUGAGGGAAAGAGGCUUUCAUCCCAAGGAGUACUUUCUGACACCUCUGGACGUUGCAUCUCGAAAGGAAAUAGUUACAGAGAUUCUCGGUAGAUACAACAAACGUCUCGACGAAGAACAGAUGAGUUGUCUCAUCGCUAAGGAGUCUUCCCAGAAUCCUCUCUGGCUGUCCAUUGCGUGUGAGGAACUCCGAAUAUUUGGCCUCUUCAGCAAGAUCAACGAUAAGAUCAACAGUCUCUCGGAUGGUCUCUUGGAUUUGUUAGAGCAGGUCUUUGAUCGGUUUGAGGAGGAGAAUGGUGGCAGUUUGCUGAUAGGAACCCUCUGUCUCCUUGAGACAUCCGAGACUGGACUCCUUGAAACGGAGCUUCUUCAAAUCCUUGGUGAUGAAGAUAACCUCAUGCCCCCAAGUGAUGAGAGUGGCUCAGAGAAAGAUGGUGGUUCAAGAGAGAAAGCAGCCAAACAGAUUGGAGCUCUCCCAGCUGCUAAGUGGGCUAUGGUGUUCCGAGCCCUUAAACCGUUUCUUAGACCGUUUGGAGAUAGCGGGGAGGGACGACUUGAUUUCUAUCACCGCGCUCUCAGCAAAGCAGUAAGAAGAAAGUACUUUCCUCAAGACGAUGGAGCCACUGAUAUGCUUCAUAAGCUCUGGUGGCACAAUAAACUAGCCGACUAUUUCUUUGACUCAGACAAAAUGGAGAGAAAAGUAGAAGAGCUACCGAUGCAUCUUAUCAAGACAGGAGACAAGGAAAGACUGCAACAAUUUCUCUGCAACUGGGAGGCGUUUGAUCUUCUGUAUGUGGAGAUUUUCAGCGAUGCACUCCUCAAGUACUGGCGCGAGGGGUUCGGCAGCGGUUGGCAGAAGGUGAUGCUAAGCGGGUAUGAGGAAAGUCUUCGUAACCUCAAGAACAAUCCAGCGGUCAGCAAAGAUGUCGUCUCUAGGAGACACGAGCAAAUCACAAGAGUGAUGGUCCAUGCUGGCGCACAUGAAGACUCCUUCAAAUUCCUGAAAACAUGUAUCAGCAUGGAAACGGAACUAGGCGAGCGCCCAGAGCGCAUGGUGGAGGUGUAUUCUCUCGCUGCAGACAUUUAUGAUGAUAAACUGAAAUUAUAUCAGUGGAUCGAGAGGUGGCAGAUAACCGAACUGGGUCACCUCAUUAAGUUCGCCCGUCAAUCCAUCGCGAUAAGAGAGACGUUACCUGGGAGAGCUAACAAAUUCAAACUUGGGAGGAGUUUGACUCAGCUAGCAUUCAAUCUGGAGGCGUGGAUGGAGACAGGUGCGGAUAAUAACCUCUCUGGUCAGGAAGCCAUUGACGAAGGGAAAGCUUGCAUUGAACGAGCCAUCCAAAUCUUCAAAGAGUUGGGGAACGACGGUUUUUUGGCUGAUGCGAUUAUGACCAAAGGAAUACUGCUACCACGGGGAGAUGAAGAACAACUGGAGGUAUGUAUGGAAUCUCUCGAUAUGUGUCUCCAAGCCUACGGUGAGAACAGCGUCCUCAGCUCUCGUCUCUUUCUUAAUAUCGGAAUCUUUCACGAGGACAAUCGAAACUAUCGCAAAGCGUGCGAGUGGUUUAUUAGAUGGCAUCGUUGCAGUGAAGAGGUUUUUGGGUAUCAUCAUCCAAAAACAGAACGAGCACGAAAAACGCUAGCCCGGCCUCAGUACAAACGGCUUCUGACUCAGAUGGAAGCCGAAGAGCGGGAGCGGCAAGCUCAGAAUGACGGUAACGAAGAUGAGAAUGAUCUGAAUGAAAUGAUGAACAAUGUACAAGUUUGAACUGGAAGGAACAGGUUUGAACUGGAUAGAACCGGAUCAGUCUGGUAUGUGGUGGUCGAUUGUGUAACACAAACAGGAACCUGAUGUCUUUCUCAUAAAGUGGCCUUUAAAGAUGUGCCUUCCAAACUGUUGAAUCCGUCCAACAAAUUUUUUAAAAGAUUUAAGUAUAAAAUCUUAAUAUUUAAAAUAAAUAUACAUUAAUUUGCUUUAGAAACUUAUUAACUAGUUUUGUCUGGACUGAGUAUUUGGAUGACUGAUCAAGAACUAUAUUAAGUGGAACUAAAGGCUGAGUCACACUGCAGCGAUAACGAAAAUAAUAACGACGCAAGGAGAACGCAUUCUAUUGGUUGAAUUCCUCCACGCAGAAUACGCACACGCUCAGUCAACCAAUGGAAUGCGUUCUCUUUGCGUUGUUAAACAAGCUUGGACAGGAGUGACGAUGUAAACAUUUAUCCACAAUGUUGUUGUGGACAAUAUAUUUUGAGAAUUGACAUGAUUUUUGCAAAUAGAUUUCUUAAAAAAGCAGCAUUUAAACAAAAUGCUCUUUUAGGUUUUCUAAAACAUAUAUCUUUUAUAUACCACAACUUUUUGUGAACUUAGUAGGCUGAUUUGUCUUCUAUGUAUAUACACCUUUUUGUGUAUAUUUCGAUAUUAUAAUUUUGUAAAUAUUUGUUUUCUUUUUUUUCUAGUCGUUUAACUAUUUUCUGAGAUUUUAUUUAUCAGAUGAGGCUGAAAAUAGGUAGUUGUUGUCCUGUAAGUGCAUAAAUUGUGUGACGUUCAUACGUGGGUUACGGCCCAUCAGAAAGCAAUACCUGGUAUGUUUACUACGUUCUCUUCCAAAAAAACUAUAAAUUAUUCUAUCAUUGAGGAAAUUAUAUGUUUUAUAUACUUUUUUAUGAACUAUCUCUUUGCAGAAAUGUAUUAAUAUAAGUAUUUCAAACCAAAAUCAGAUUGUUUGUUUGUAUUUUCUGAGAAUGACUCCAUAUUUGAAGUGGCGGCUACAGCCAAUUGUGAUAAGUACACAAGGUUAUAGCCUUGUGAACACUUUGAGGCAAAAUUUGAUAAGUACACAAGGUUAUAGCCUUGUGAAUAUUUUCAUGCAAAGUUUGAUUAGUACACUUUGAGGCAAUAUUUUAUAAGUACACAAGGUUUUAUAGCCUUGUGAACAUUUUCAUGCAAAGUUUGAUAAGUACACAAGGUUAUAGCCUUGUGAACACUUUGAGGCCAGAUUUGACAAGUAUGCAAGGUUAUAGCCUUGUGAAUAUUUUGAGGCAAAAUUUGAUUAGUACGCCUUGUGAACAUUU